AUAAUAACUCAAACUAUGGGGUAUACAAGUAUCUACGCGAUCACAUUUGUAGCCCUCGUGGGGGCUCUACUGGGCGUAUCAAAAGCACAGCCGAGCGGGUCAUGCGUGAGCACACUGACCACCCUUUCUCCGUGCCUAGGCUAUAUCACCGGAAACUCAACCACUCCCUCACAGACUUGCUGCUCUCAGCUCGACUCUGUCAUCAAAUCUUCGCCGCAGUGCAUCUGCUCUGCCGUCAACAGUCCGAUCCGUAACAUCGGCCUUAACAUUAAUCGCACACAGGCCUUGCAGCUCCCAAACGCCUGCAACAUUCAGGCGCCUCGUCUCUCACAAUGCAAUGUGGCCACUGGGCCGACAACACCUCUUGGCGCACUUUCACCGGUGGAGUCACCGGCGGACAAGAACCCUGGUCCAAAGUACUUCCCCUGCAGAAUGCGACUGAGUAGGCAGGAGGGGUUAUGGAUCAGUCGCCAACUCAGUUUGGCCAGGUAA